AUGAGGGUUCUUCCAUUCCUCCUCGCGGUCAUUUCCGCUCAAGAAUGUUCCUCCGGAAGCAAGGAUCUAACACUCACUCCAGGCGCCACUGGCGAAGACGUCGCCCGAGCAACAAUCGCCAAAGUGUGGCAGGUCAUCGCAACCUGGGACUCAAAAUACGAAGAGCGUGAUUUCUUCCUCCGAUAUGCCUACGCCGAGACCAAUUAUGGAGUCGUUAUCGUCCACGAUGUCCAACAAAUCUGGGCACUCAGCGAGGAGCAGUUCAAGACGGCCCAGAAAGCGCCCAUGGUUAGCAGAGUCUCGAGCGAAUUCAACGUCAAUUUCGCCGCGCUGGAGUUUGACGAAAUGAAUAUACCUACCUACUCGAUGCUCGCACUCUUUUUGCUUCUCGAUGACAUGAAUGUCUUCCCGAUUCCAUUCUCCAUCGACGACCAAGCUACCAUCUACGCAAGUGUAACGAGCAACACCCUGGACGAGUUCAAAGAUAGCGUCAACGACCUCGAUCAAAUCACCCAGAACGAAUGUUCCUCCAAAUCCCUCGAUAUCAUUUUCUUAGUCGACGAGUCCGGAUCGGUCGGAAUCCAGAACUUCAACCUCAUCAAAAACUUCCUCGUCGAUUAUGCAUCUGACAGUAACAUCGCUGCCGAUGCUACUCGUAUCGGUGUCCGACCAUUCUCCAGCUCAACUUAUCUCUAUUUCGCCCUGGAUGACUAUAAGACCAAGAACAUCAUUCAUGAGCUCCAAAACAUGCCCUACAAUGGCGGUGGAACUGACACGGCUACUGGACUCGAUGCUGCUCUCGGCGAUUUCGGAAAUGACCGACCUGAAUCUGUAAAGUUCUUGGUUACAGUCACUGACGGUGCUAGUAACUCUUUUGACGCAACUAAAGCGGCCGCUGAUCGAGUGAAGGCUGACCCAAGAAACAUUCAAUCCUUCGCCAUCGGUGUUGCUGGAGCGAACAUGGACGAGCUCGAAGCCAUUGCUACAUCCAAAGACAACAUUUACAUGCUCAACGGCUUUAGCGACUUCGAUCCAAUCAAGAACAACCUCCAGAACAAAAUCUGCGAGGGCAACGUCGAGAACAACAACGGUGGCGACUCGCAAAUCGGUGGCAGCACCAGCCAGCCAGGCAAGCUCAUCAUGAAACUUGGAAUGUCGGGCAAGGACAACUUUGAUGUCAAAUCUACUGGCCCAUUGACAUUCUACAUUUCCCGAACCAACCCACAACCCGGACCAGCCGUUUACGACAAGACCUUCGAAAUAACCACUUCCAACUUGAACACGUGGGUUAAUCAAAACGUCGGGUCUGGCCAUCAAUGGAUCUACCUCGGCGCCUACAACUACAAGCCAAGUAAAGCACUCAUCUCUCUGAACAUCAACUCUGGCGGCGCGACUUCCCCAGAGGAUCCGGAUCCAGUCGUCUGUCAGCCAAACGCGCAAUGUGUUGGCGGCACUUGUCAGUGCUUUGACCAGUAUGCUAACAUCGAUGGCGAAUGUGUUUUCGAUCGCUGUGCGAGUGCUAAUUGCUUCAACGGGUACGAAUGUGCUCCUGAUACGGGCGACUGCUACUGUCCAGAGGACCAUCUUGAGCUAGAUGGAAACUGUUACGCUGCAGAAUGUCCGGAAUCAGUUGUUGAAGUUCAUAACAACGAAUUGGGAUACGCUACUGGGGAAAUCACCUCUCCCUGGUUCGAGCACGGUGCUGAAUAUCCUCACAACUUCGACUGUACUUACGAGUUCGAGACAAUCAGAGCUGAGGGAAGUUGUUAUGAAGUCAUUCUAGAGCAACCGUUUGGAAUUGAAGCAUCGGCGAACUGUGAAAACGACCGUCUGGAAAUCUUUGGCGUUUUAAAUGCCGAUCAAGUAAAUAUGGAUCACUACUUCGAGCGUGAUUAUGACACAGCCGUUCUUUGCGGUCGAGCCUGUACUGCCGAGACAGGAUGGGUAGGCAAGGUGUGCGGCAAUCACUUGAAAAUUCGAUUCCGCUCCGACCAUAUGGUCAGCGACAUUGGAUGGAAAAUCAAAUGGAUCUUGAGACCAAAGGAAGACUGCGACUGCCACUGCGAAGAAUGUGACGAGUGGGAUGGCGAGUAUCCAAUGUGCGACUACAAAAAUGUUAGACCAAAGAACCGAAAUCCUGGCAAUAAAUAA